UCGUACGGAACUUUCCUAAUUCGACAUUGAUCGACUCGCAGCCAAUCAGUCGGGGCCUAGAUAUGAACUCUGGCUCUACCGGCUAUAUUACCCCAGACCCACCGGGAGUACCACAAUCUCGUCCAAUAUCUGGACGGAGUCAGGCCUUGAUCUAACCUGCGCCGGAGAAUUUCUGGAUGGCAGCUUGUUGGCCUUGAUUGAAGGCUUAGGCGACCCGCUGCGUUACGGAGAUAGAGUUGAGGGGGGUUCGCUAGUAUCGGCAUCGCUUGCCCCUACUUUAUUCUGUUCGGCAUAUAGUCGCAUCAACCUUGCAUGGGUUAUAUACUCAUCUAUAUAUAUACUCGAUGAAACUCUGGGGUAAAAGAAGUCGAACUCGCUACCUCAAGCCUGGUCGCUCUAACGUAUCCUGUCCCAUAACUACCUGUCAACGACAAGAUGAAGUUCUCGUUGUUCACGGCUGCGGCAUUUGCCUUGUCGGCUGAGGCUCACUGCAUCUUCCAGGAAGUCUCAGUCAACGGGCAGAAGCAGGGCUCUCUGGUUGGUCUUCGAGCCCCGAACGACAACAACCCCGUCUACGAUGUGACUUCACAAGACAUCAUCUGCCAGAAGCAAGGCCACACCUCCGACAAGGUCAUCAGCGUCGCUCCGGGGGAUAAGCUAGGAGCCUACUUCGGCCACGUCAUCGGCGGUGCACAAUUCGCCAACGACCCCGAUAACCCAAUUGCCAAGUCCCACAAGGGACCUAUCACAGCAUGGCUUGCUAAGGUAGACAACGCGGCUACCGCGAGUAAGACCGGACUCAAGUGGUUCAAGAUCUGGGAGGACACUUUUGACACCUCGAGCAAGCAGUGGGGUGUCGACCACAUGAUUUCCAACCAGGGCUGGGUCAACUUCCAGCUGCCGCAGUGCAUUGCCCCCGGAGACUACCUCAUGCGUGUCGAGACCCUAGCCCUGCACUCUGCGAAGUCGCCGAACGGCGCCCAGUUCUACAUAUCAUGCGCCCAGAUCAAGGUCAGCGGUAGCGGCAGCUUCUCGCCUAGCCAGACCGUCAGCUUCCCCGGUGCCUACCAGAAGAACGACCCGAGCAUCGUUGCUAACAUCUACGGUGCCCUUGGUCAGCCUGACAACGGUGGCAAGCCGUAUAGCGCGCCCGGCAACGUCCCCGUCAUCCAAUGUUAAUUGAGCGACU